UGAACAGUGGCCUAGUAAUGAGCUGUGUGGUGAGCCUGCCUGGAAGGCUGACACCUUCACUUCGAGAGCCUCCCGCGGAGAGAGAGGGUGUCUGUGUAGGAGCAGCUCAACACAGAACUCCAGCUCCAUGGCCACCCGUGCACUCCUCUUGGAUGUCCUCCUCCUGCUGUUGCCCACACCGGCCCCUGCCCCCUGCUACACUGCUGCCCACUCCGAGUGCCGCCGUAUUCGCAAGUUUGUGCCAGGCGCCUGGCUGGCGGGCGAGGGCGUGGAUGUGACCAGCCUUCAGCGCUCAGGCUCCUACCCGGUGGACACAAGGCACUUCCAGAGGCCGGAUGGCACCUGCACUCUCUGCCGCAAUGCCCUGGAAAAGGACGCCCUCCGGCGCUUGCCCCUGGCACUUACCGACUGGCGAGCCCAGGGCUCAGGCUGCCAACAUCGCGUGGUCAGUGUCAAGGCCAGCUCCACAGAGGCCGUGGCUAGGGAGGCAGCCGAAAGCAUCCGCAAUGACUGGCGCGUGGGGCUGGAGAUAAGUCCCAAGCCCAGCGCCAGCGUGCGUGUAGCAAUGGCCGGCUCGCACUCCAAGGCAGCCAAUUUCGCCGCCGAAAAAACCCACCAGGACAAAUAUAGCUUCAACACUGACUCAGUGGAGUGUCGUUUCUACCGUUUUCACCUGGUCCACUCUCCCCCACUCCACCCCAAUUUCAAGAGGGCCCUCAGAGACCUGCCCCCUCACUUCAACACCUCCACGGAGCCCAACUACCUCAGGCUCAUCUCCAACUAUGGCACUCACUUUAUGCGCUCCAUGGAGCUUGGCGGCCGGAUCUCGGUCCUCAAUGCCCUGCGUACCUGUGAGCUGGCCUUGUCAGGGCUCACAGGAAACGAAGUGGCCGACUGCCUGGAGGUCGAGGCCGCAGUCAGCAUAGGCUGCCGUGCCAGCUCCUCAUCGGAAGUCAAGGCCUGUGAAGAGAAGAAGAAGCAGCACAAGAUGACGACCUCCUUUCACCAGGCCUACAGGGAACGCCAUUCCGAAGUCGUAGGUGGCCUCCACACCUCCACGCAUGACAUGCUGUUUGGGAACCAUGCUGGGCCCGAGCAGUUCUCAGCCUGGGUAGCCUCACUGCCCGUCAGCCCCGGCCUGGUGGACUACACCCUGGAGCCUCUGCAUAUGCUCUUAGAGAGCCAGGACCCACGGCGGGAGGCGCUGAGGCAGGCCGUGAGCAAGUAUGUGACAGAUAGGGCACGCUGGAGGGACUGCAACCGACCCUGCCCGGUAGGGCAGGUGAAGAGCCGCCAUGACCCCUGCCAGUGUACGUGCCACAACUCAGCAGUCAUCAACCAGGACUGUUGUCCCAGGCAGAGGGGCCUGGCCCAUCUGGAGGUUACGAGCUUCCAGGCGACAGGUCUGUGGGGAGACUCUUUCACUGCCACGGACGCCUAUUUGAAGGUCUUCUUUGGACGCCAGGAGCUGAGGACGGGCACAGUGUGGAACAAUAACGAUCCUCAGUGGAUGACACAGCUGGAUUUUGGGGAUGUGCUUCUGCCCACAGCGGGGCCCCUGAGAGUGCAGGUCUGGGAUGCAGACAAUGGUUGGGACGAUGACCUCCUCGGCACCUGUGACCGGACUGUAGUGUCUGGCUCACAUAAGGUGAGCUGUGGCCUGAAUCAUGGUCACCUGAGUUUCUUCUACCACGCUAAAUGCUUGCCUCACCUGACUGGGAAAACCUGUAUAGAGUACGCCCCCCGAGGGCUUCUAGGGGAGCCUCCCGGAAACCGGAGUGGAGCAGUGUGGUGAGAACAGUGGGCCUUGAGAGGACCAGUAUGCCCAGACCACAGGGUGUCUCGCAGAGGUAGCCAGGGCCUAUCUAUCUUCAUAUCCCCAUUAGACAGAUAGAAAACUGAGGCUUUUCUUUUUUUCAGUGAGGUGGCUGAAUUUAUAGGCCAGCCUUGAGUCUCCCCGACCAAACUGCCUUGGAUCCCAGAUAUUCUUGAGCCCAGGAAAGGAGCUGGAACUGGGUCACGACCUAUAGUCGCUGCAACACAGGCCUGAGCUUAGGUCAGGAGCUGGGCAGAAGGCCAGGAGGCCGUUUCCACCAAGCUGCUUGGUGUCGUUUAAGACUUUCCCUUGCAGUCCUUUCUAGCGUGGUGAAUUCAUCAUAUUAGAUCUAAUCCUGUCUGCCCCCAGCUGCGCUGUUUGCUCUGUCUCCUUUGCCCACCAAGCUUUGCCUCUCAGACAAACUAAGGGCUAUCUUGUGUCUCUCAUUGUGUGCACAACCUGACAGAGGACCAAUAAAUGUGAUG